UACCACCAUGCCCCCUCAAAUGAAUACGCACCGCUGCACGUGUUGGUGAGUUCAAUUACUUCGCUAGAAAGGGUUCUGUGGGUUGAUGUCAUCCUUCAAUUCAGUCAUGUUCCAGGUCUGAGGAGCUUCAUCGUGAAAACAACUGUUUCGGGGCUAUCCAGCCGUAUGCCUAUUAUGACUUCACGAAUAAUUAUCACUGUCCUCAUACUGACUAAGGUCAUCGUCUGGGGAGAGGAGCCAUGUUCGCCAUGGAUUUGGAAUAUCGAGACUGAGAAGUGCUACGUAAAAUUUUGCGAUCUACUAAAACCAGAUGAAGCUGAAAAAAUCUGCAAAAAGUACAAUGGCCAAUUGCUUACUAUAUGCAGUGAGGAGGAGAACAAAUUCGUUGCAGACCUUGCACGCAAUCAUCCAAGAGAGGAUGGAAAAUUGCAUGGUACAUGGAUUGGGCUGAGACGCGACUCCACUAGAAGGAAAUGGAUAUGGAGGAGCGGUUCCACUUGCGAAUAUCGCAAGUGGGCUUUUGCUGAACCAAAUGAUGUUACCUUUGAUGAAGACUAUGGUCACCUCUGGGUCUAUAAGCCGAAUGAAUACCGUCACUGGAACGACUACCGAAACGAGCGGUCCCGUGAUUUUAUGUGUGAAGCGCCCUACUGUCCUUUGGACAAUUAA